AAAAGGAAAUGUUCAAUUUGAACUAGGCGGCUGAUUAUCACGGUUAAUGGAGGAGUAUGUGGCACCGACACGCGUCGCUUUCUACUGAGUUAUCCCCAGUUGCUCCGUGAUUCAUAAAUCGAGUGACGAAAUAAUACAUCUAGCUCGUAAGGGUAUCACAAUCACAAAAAGAAACUGUCUUAUAACGAUAUAAACGAAUAUUCAGUCUAUUGUUUAACGCAAGAAUUCGAGUGCGUGGCCAAUUUUGCCAACUAUUUCCGGAAUAACAAGUACAUAACAAGUCGCCCUAAGGUGACAUUUGGUAUUAUUGUUAAAGGUGUGUUAACGACACAAUAAACGUCGUCGCAUAUCCAAAUAAGUAUAAUAUUUACUGGUAAGACAAAUAUCUGUGCGCUGAGUACGAGUGCAAGAGCAUCGCACUAGUUUAAGUACAUCGGGGAAGUACAGUGUCAUCAUAGACGACGAUGGGCCUAACGAUCAGCAGUUUGCUCACCCGGCUCUUUGGCAAAAAGCAAAUGAGAAUAUUGAUGGUCGGCUUGGAUGCCGCUGGAAAAACAACCAUAUUGUACAAAUUGAAGCUGGGCGAGAUUGUCACAACAAUACCUACAAUCGGCUUUAACGUUGAAACCGUCGAGUACAGGAAUAUAUGUUUUACGGUAUGGGACGUUGGUGGCCAGGAUAAGAUCAGGCCACUCUGGAGACACUAUUUCCAAAAUACUCAAGGCCUUAUUUACGUCGUCGACAGUAACGAUCGAGAACGUAUCGGAGAAGCAGAACGUGAAUUAGCGAACAUGUUGAAGGAGGACGAACUAAGGGAUGCGGUACUGUUAGUUUUUGCCAACAAACAAGAUUUACCUAAUGCAAUGUCUGCAGCGGAGCUCACAGAUAAGCUGGGACUGAAUUCGUUAAGAGGACGUCAUUGGUUUAUUCAAAGUACUUGUGCUACUCAAGGACAUGGACUUUACGAAGGGCUUGAUUGGUUGAGUAAUGAACUAGCUAAAAAGUGAUAAAACAACGUUCGUUAUUCAUUAAAAGUUUCAUGAACAAUUUAUUCAUUGAGCAUGGACGUAGAAGACAGGUCGCAAUCUUUAUUUUUGUCAAAUUACGCACCACAUAUAUGAUUUCAUAUCACUGUGAUUAUAAUUUUUAAGAGAGCAAUUAUUGGGAAUAAUAGAACGUACAGGACUUGACUGACAAACAUCUAACACGUAAACAGACUUCAUUUCCAAAAUGAAAUUUUCUUUUAGAAGGCGAGGAGAGUAGGAGAACAGUAUGUUAUUUGUAUGCUUAUACUAACUAAUAGAGUUACGAGUUUACUUAAAAAUGUAUCUUCAAUUCGAAAUAAAUAUGGAAUAUUUGUAUAUUAACUUCAA